AUGCAGACGGAUCAGAACACGGAGUCUGCGGACCCCGACUCCAAGUCCAAAUCACAACCCGGCCAGGUCCGCUUUUCUUCCAUCACCGAGGAGAUCGAACCGUCUGCUUCCGGCUCGUCUCCCACGCCCGAACAGCCCAGUCAAGGCCGUCUGCCCGAGGAUGAGUUACGGUCGCUGGCUGCGAGCCUGCAAAGCUCCCAAUUGCAGGAGUCGAGACUCCGUAAUUUCUCCUUCGACCCCGUCUCUCUUCCUUCAUCUAGGGUUGCAUCUCGAGACUCGAGCGACCGCAGUGGUCGCGAAACAAAUGGAUCCUUUGGAGUGUCCCCCCAUCCUUCCCCGCCGGUUUCCGCGAUGCAAUCCCCUCCUCUCACGCCAGCCGCGACGCAUUCGCGCGAAACCAAAUCCAACGACAUCGCCACGGCCCUGAAUGCCGCCGAAAAACGAAGCUCCGGGCAGUCGACUGCCAUGACACCCGAGACCUCUCCCCCGGUUACCGACAAGAACGGCGUGCCCCAGAGUGCUCCGACCUCACGGCCUUCGUCAACAGAUCAAUUGGGUGAUGCCUCGCGAACUUCGACUAAAUCGCAACCUACGUCAAAACAUCGAGCCCAAUUUUUCCUUGGUCCUGCGGCGGAUAGAGGUGCUCACGAAGAGAGCCCCCCGGCCACUCCAAGCACCGAGACCGAAAGCUACACUCCUCCCGGCGCCAUCACGCCUAUCGGUGAACCUAAUGAUCCGUAUGCGCGCAGCAGACGCCCCCCGCAAUCCAAGAAUCUCUCGCAGAUUGACCAAAGGUUUAUAUUUGGAGGCCGUGAUAUGAAGCGCCGAGGACCGCCUUCAUCGUCAUUCGUUCGUCCCACAACCCCCCGCUCAGCCAGUGCAGGGGAUCUCAAAUCGAGCGACAAGCGGGGUCCUAUCUUCGGUGGCAAGAAAGAUCUGCGGAAGGAGGAUUCUGGUGGUAAACACCAUGGCCAUAUGGCCGAGCUCAAGCGAUUCUUUAAGAUCGGCCACAAGCAUAAGAGGGGAGAAUCGCCCUCAUCGCUGCCCAAGAAGUCCAGCCGAUCUUCCGGAAAGAACACCCCGUAUCAGAUGGCUCCCGACAAUGUCCCAUUUGCCGACGACCAUGGUUUGAACUCCAAGUACGGAAAGCUUGGCAAAGUCCUGGGAUCGGGAGCCGGCGGUUCAGUCCGCCUGCUGAAGCGCAACAGUGACGGUGUUACCUUUGCGGUGAAGCAGUUCAGAGACCGUCAUUCUUGGGAGACCCUGAAGGAGUACUCCAAGAAGGUGACUGCUGAAUUCUGCAUCGGAUCCACUCUCCAUCACGGAAACAUCAUCGAAACGCUUGAUAUCAUCCAAGAGGGAAGUCACUGGUACGAGGUCAUGGAGUACGCUCCCUAUGAUCUCUUCGCCAUCGUUAUGACAGGAAAGAUGGUCAAGGAUGAGAUUGCCUGCGCAUUUAAACAGAUCCUCAGCGGAGUGGCCUAUCUGCAUGGAAUGGGUCUGGCUCAUCGGGAUUUGAAAUUGGACAAUGUUGUCGUCAAUGAGCAUGGAAUCAUGAAACUCAUUGAUUUCGGAAGUGCGGUUGUUUUCCGUUAUCCAUUUGAGAACGACAUUGUUCCUGCUUCAGGCAUUGUCGGUUCGGACCCAUAUCUAGCCCCGGAGGUGUACGAUGAAAAACGCUACGACCCACGCCCCACAGAUAUCUGGUCGCUGGCAAUCAUCUUUUGCUGCAUGACUUUGCGACGAUUCCCCUGGAAGCAACCUCGAGUCACUGAUAAUUCCUACCGACUAUUCGUGGCAACCCCUACACCGGGCACACCUGUGCCAGAGGCCGAUUCCAAGCGUCACCGGCCCAAGUCCAGCGCAGACCUUCAUUCUGCUGGUCAAGAAAGCAAACGCGAGAAUGGUUCACCCGAGCGGUCGGGUCAGUCGAAUGCAUCCGGAUCCGAAUCCACUCGCGAGGAGAACCGCCCCCCUGAAAAUACCCAAGUCAAGACCACCAGUAACAGCAAUAAUCAUAAUAAACCUACUCGCACAACUAGCAAAGAGGCGCCUCCUCUUCCACCCUCCACACAGUCAUCAGGCCAACGCCAAGAAGUCAUCAAGGGACCUUGGCGUCUUCUUCGUAUCCUGCCUCGCGAAAGUCGAUACAUCAUCGGACGAAUGCUCAAAGUAGCCGUGAGACACCGGGCGACCCUUGACGAUGUUUUGACCGACGAAUGGGUGCGCAAUAUCAAGGCCUGCCAACAGGAGGGAUCCGGUCAGAUCAUCAAAGCCCCCGGGCUUUCCGGUGCAGUGGCUGGUCUCACUGUCGACUGUUCUCUGUACCCCCUGGACACGAUCAAAACUCGCCUUCAGAAAGCUCGCAGCCAUGGCCCGUCGGCUCCAUCCCCAAAACUAUCCCUCCGGCAGACCAUCCGAGGUAUCUAUGCCGGACUCCCUUCCGUCCUCUUCGGUUCCGCCCCGUCGGCCGCCUCGUUCUUCAUUGUCUACGACGGCGUGAAACGCUCUCUUCUGCCCCAUCCAUCCUCGUCGGAAACGCCAUCCCGGGCACACAUCUUCCUCACCCACUCCCUCGCCUCUUCGAUGGGCGAGGUCGCCGCAUGCGCCGUCCGCGUCCCGACGGAGGUGGUCAAGCAGCGAGCACAAGCGGGUCUGUUCGGUGGAUCGAGUCUGCUAGCUCUCAAGGAUAUCUUGUCUCUGCAUGAUGCAGCAACUGGCUCCAAGAGAAGCUACGGUCAGGUCAUUCGGGAGCUGUAUCGCGGUGCGGGCAUCACUAUCGCCCGGGAGAUCCCAUUCACGAUUCUGCAGUUUACCAUGUGGGAGUCGAUGAAGGAAACGUAUGCGAAGCGCAUGCUGCAUGCCGCGGGGUCAGACACCCCCGUGAACCAGACUCAAGUGCCAGCCUCAACGAGUGCCAUGUUUGGUAGUGUGGCUGGUGCCAUCUCGGCGGGACUGACCACGCCGCUGGACGUGAUCAAAACACGAGUCAUGCUGGCUCGACGCGGGGAUGGGGGUUCGGGCGACGGUGGCCGUGUGCGGGUGAAGGAGGUGGUGCAGGAUAUCGCCAAGGAAGGCUUUGGGGCUUUCUGGAGGGGUAUCGGACCGCGAGUGGCAUGGAUUGGAAUCGGAGGGGCCGUGUUCCUGGGCAGUUACCAGUGGGCGUGGAAUACGCUCGAGGGCAAGAUGCUCCCUCCGCCUGAUGCCCCAGGCGGCCACCGUUUGGGUGUCAACGGCUUAACCGUCGAUGCGGACAAUUCUAUCUUGUACUCUGCUGGUCGCGACGGAGUCGUCUGCUCGUGGAAUCUCAACCUUCCGCUCUCUUCCGCUUCGAUACCCUCGUCCUCAAGCUUGGCCAGGAAGCCUGGUCCGACUACAUUCAGGAACCAGAUCCAAGCUCACAGCCACUGGAUUAACGAUAUCGUCUUGACCCAGAACAACUCCGCGCUGGUUUCUGCUUCCUCGGAUACUACCGUUCGACUAUGGAGACCGCACUCGGAGUCUACGGAGGUGCCUGCCCCCAUUGGCAAGCAUGCGGACUAUGUCAAGUCUCUAGCCACCCCCGGGAGCCACUCGAAUUGGGUUGCGUCGGGUGGUCUGGACCACAAGCUUUAUCUAUGGGAUCUUAAUGGUGGUGGGGAUAUUUUGAAGAUCGAUGCCUGUGGUGAUGAUCGUACCGCGAAAGGAUCCGUCUAUGCGCUGGGAGCUGUAUCUUCCAUUCUGGCUAGUGGUGGUCCGGAGAGUGUUGUUCGAUUGUGGGAUCCCAAGUCCGGAAAACCGAUCACUAAGUUUGUUGGACAUACGGAUAAUAUCCGAGAUAUUCUGAUCAAUCGGGAUGGAGAUACGAUCAUGACGGCUUCCUCUGACGAAACGGUCAAGAUUUGGUCCCUGACGGCGGGAAGGUGCAUGCACACACUUACAAUGCAUAACGAUAGCGUUUGGUCACUUUAUUCAAACCACCCGCAACUGUCCGUCUUUUACUCCAGCGAUCGGUCCGGUGUCGUGGCAAAGACAGAUACGAGAAACACCCCGGACAUUGAGCAGGGAAUUUGUGUUGCCGCUUUGCAAGAGAACGAGGGCGUGGUUAAAGUGGUUGCGGCUGGUGAUCACAUCUGGACGGCGACUCCCAAGUCGAGUAUAAACCGUUGGAAUGACAUUGACACCACUGCCGAAAUCGAAUCGCCGUCAGAAGCGCACGAAAGGCCGUCUAGUUCAGACUCGGAGCCGGCUGAAAAGACCCCAACCCGAAAGGACCAGUCGAAGAAGAAAAUCCCGUAUAAUUCGAUUCUGUUGCUGACAAGCACAUCAACGUUCCCCAAGUCGCGAGUAGCUGAGAACAUCUCGCUCGACUCGGCCACCAAUGGCCAGCAGCAAGCUUCUUCACCGGAUAUUGGGGAUGAAUUGGAUCUUACCCUGCCUGUUCAGUCAUUGCCAGAAGAGUCAAUAGAAGGUCAACAUGGGUUGAUCAAGCAUUUCAUGCUGAACGACAGGAAACGCACAUUAACACAGGACUCUGCUGGGGAAGUUGUUUUAUGGGAUCUUCUCAAGUGCGUCCAAAUACAGUCCUUUGGCAAGCGCCAUAUAGAUGACGUUGCGUCCGAGAUCAACACCACCGAGAGUAUUGCCCACUGGUGUACGGUUGAUAUUCGGACUGGACGACUAUCUGUCAUUUUGGAGCUCAACCGCUGCUUCGAUGCCGAAGUAUAUGCUGAUGAACUAGACCUGCCUGAUCAGUCACAGCUCCGGGAUGACCAAAGACUGAAUCUUGGCAAGUGGAUUUUGCGCUGGCUCUUUGCUCCUCUAGUGGAAGAGGAAAUCAUACGUGAUAGACACUAUCGCGAGGCGGCCAUUGCGAAAGCGGAAGAUUUGGCCAGACUAAAUUCAGCCGGCCACUCGGCACCGAUGGAUAUACCGUCUUCAGAUGUCCCAAGGAGCUUAGGUAUCCCGAUACCUCACGGCCCACAUUCAUCUUUUCCGCGUCCUGGGAACGAGUCGUAUGGUAGUCCGACUACUCCAGGAUUUGGGAUUGGGUUUGCCAAUACCCCCGGGACUAUAGCAUCUUCGUUGAACAAUACCAACCUGGGUACAUCUCCUUUCACAACGGGAGAAGGAGAGUCUUCCGACCAUUUGGCCGAUAAGCCACCUGCCGAUAUGACGAGGAAUUCCUUUUCGGAUAAGUCCAGUAGUGAUUACUUUUCCUCCUCGAGAUCACAACAUUUGACAACUUCAGAUAACGACAAAACCUCCACAUCCCCGGCAGACACGACCCCAACUGCUCUACCCCAAUCACCGGUCGAACCCAACGAUAGAGAGGAGAAGAAGAGGAGUGGGUCCCUAUUUGGCAAGAAGUUCCGGAUGGAUUUCCCCAAGAAGCUUGGUCGGACUUCAAGUGAGGCCAAGCCUCAGAUCCAGGAGGAGCAAAAGGUGGAAGAAUCCGACAAGUCUUCCACCAAGGAAGAAGUCAAGGUAUAUGAAAACAACCUCAGCGGUUUCAUCGACCGAAUCAGGCACGAAUAUGAUGAAUUCCUUGCUGCGCAUCCCGGUCAGGAGUUGACCUCGGCUAUUACUCCGAGUCCCGAUAAUGAGACGCCAGUGCUAAACAUACCAUCUCGGACUGCUGUUUUCAUCCAGGAGGAAUCGGGAGACACUGCUGUGGCUUCCGAUCUCUUCCGGGGUACCGUCGGUCGUAUCAAUGAGGAAAUCGAUAAGCUGGAAAAGUCGAUUCCUCAAUGGCUCGCGGACCUGCUGCUGAAGAACCAAGCACCUCAAAAGGACCCAAUCAAGAUUGCUUUCACAUUGAAGCCGUAUGACGAUCUUCUGCCCCCUGUUGUGAAGCCAGAUGGGCCUGUCAACAAUGGAAACACUAAUAAUUCUCGGUUGAAUGCCAAUCGCAUGCUUCGUGCAAAGAAAAUAUUGGCUUAUAUUACAGAGCGAAUCGAUCCUCCCAAUCCAGAUGAGCCGGAGGAAGACGCGAUGAAACCUGAAGAGUACCUGGACUUGUAUUGUCAAAAUAUGCUGAUACCACCAAACAUGACUCUGGCGACAAUUCGUACGCACAUCUGGCGAUCCUCGGGUGACAUGGUUCUUCUCUACAAGGCCAAUGGCAAGAAAGAGAUACCGAUGCCUAAGAACGAGAAAGAUGGCGACGAAGGCAACCAGCCCAGCGAAGCUGUUCCUAACCAAGGAGGCUUGCUCAACGGGGAUAGUCGAACUGGGCCUGCACCGCCUGGAAGCAUUCAUUCCACGCCUGCUCCAGGGUCUGCUGCACCGUCCAUCAACAACUUUUGA